UUAAAAUUAAAGUUGCGGACUGUGUGGUUUAAAAUGUCGUUUCUUUAUAUUCGCAAUAUUAUGUGUGUUUAAUAAAUAACCCAUUAAAAUUAUGUCUUUACACGGCUCCUUGUGGUGGUUGUAAUUACUCUGUUUUAAACGUGAUGCGAAAACUAUGUUUUGCGAUUUUGUAUCAUUCAGGUUCCUCAGCCUUAAGCCAUUAACGGUUAACUUAAGGUAUAGUCAAAAAUGAAAAAAAAAAAAAUUGACUAUAUAGUGUGAACUGGAGUGGGAGAAUCAGCGAAGACGAAAUCAAGGUCAACUAAACGUGAGGUAUCAGUACCGGUACGCCAGUGUCUGGAAUUUAAUAGAAAAGUACUUGGCUUUGUGUUAUCAGGAACCUGAGACUGAGGGCAAGGAAGAAAAACACAAGUCACUUAUAACUAUAUAUUAAAUGAUAAGUUAUAGUUAUACAUGAUGCUCUCUGUUUCAAGUGUUUUGAUGCUUAUCCAAACAAUAUCAAACUUAAAGAUAGAGAGCUUCGCAGUAGUAAUGCCAUAUGAUGUAGACCUUCCUCCUGAGCACAUGGCCUUUUACUUUAAUAAUAAUCCAUUAGCUGCUGAUGCUUGUAGAAAGAAUGAUGAUUGUCCUUACAAGAAACAUCUAGAUAAAAAGGUAUGUUGGGGAUAUGAAGAAACAUGUACAGAAGAAGCUAAAUAUUCUGAUCCAGUUUGUCAAGGUGAUUCCAAAGGCUGGGUAAAGAGUAAAAAAGAACAAAAGGAAAUGUUUUUUAAACAAGGGGAUUUUGGGUACAUCAAAGAAAGGAAACAAGAAAUGAAGGUUUUAUGCAAUGAGGGAGAUUCUUUGUUGGAAUGUACAACUUACACACGGUUCUGCCGAGCAAAAAAUAUUAUGUUUGACUUUAAUAAGCUUUUAGAUAUGCCUGAACCAAUGAGGUACAGAGAAGAUGUGAUUGGUGAGGGUCAAGUAGGAGGUCAUUGCACAUUAGAUAAAAAAAGAUUGAAGAAUGAGGGACACCAUAAAAGCCCUCUACAGUCAUGGUUUGCAGAACUUGAACAUUUUAUAGAGUUACCUGGUCAUCCCAUCAAGGAGCAAAUGUGUGAUGCCAUCAUUGAUCGACCAACAUUUAUUUUAAAACUAGAUGCAACUGUCAAUAUGUACCACCAUUUCUGUGAUUUCUUCAACUUGUAUGCAUCACUGCACCUAAACAAUACCUUUUCUAAGGAUGUAUAUAUAUUUAUAUGGGAUACUAUUCCAUAUCGUAGUAAUUUUGGUAUUACAUGGAAAGCUUUUACAAAUUUUCCUUUAUUAAACCUUGGUCAAUUUAAAGGACAAAAGGUGUGUUUCAUGGAUGCUGUUUUUCCCUUGCUGCCAAGAAUGAUAUUUGGAAUGUAUUACAAUAUGCCUUUGGUGCCUGGAUGUCAAGGAAGUGGACUUUUUCAUGCUUUUAAUAGGCACAUUAUACACAGGUUGGGAAUCAAACAACAAAGAAGUAGUGAAAAUAAAGUGAGGAUUACUCUUCUGACAAGAUCCACACAAUACCGUAGAAUUCUUAAUGAAGAUGAGCUUAUCAAAGCUUUAGAAAAAAUACCAGAAUGUACUGUAAAAAAAGUCAACUUUAAUGGAAGAAUACCAUUUAUUGAACAACUAGAGAUUAGCCAUAACUCAGAUGUAUUGAUUGGCAUGCAUGGUGCAGGAUUAACACACAUGUUGUUCCAGCCAGACUGGGCUGUUAUUUUUGAAAUCUUCAAUUGUGAAGAUGAGAACUGUUAUAGAGAUCUUGCCAGGUUACGAGGACUUAAAUACAUCACCUGGGAAAAAAGAGACAAGCUCUUCCCAGAGGAUAAGGGUCAUCACCCCACUCUUGGAGCACAUGCCAAAUUUACAAAUUAUGCCUUUGAUGUACAUGAAUUUGUACGAUUGGUUAAUAUAGCAGUAUAUCAUGUUAAAAACCAUCCUGUUUUCCAAAACAAACACAAUAUAACAAAUUCAAAAAGUCCUCCAAGUCAUACUGAAUUAUAGUUUUGUGUAUCUUUGUGAACCUCACAGUUUAUUGAACUGUGUCCAUACUUAACAGUAUAUAUUUAUAUCCAGUCAAAAAAAAAAGAAACUAUUAAGGUUUUUCUUCUAAACUGUUAAAGCUAAAU